AUGUCGAGGUCACCACUGAUUUCCAAGAAACGUUGCUACUCAUCCGCCACGUCCCCGGUUCGGUUCUCCUACUCGCCGCCGAGGAGUCUUAUCGAUCAACUCAAGGUUUUGUUUCCUACUAUGGAUAGUGAGCUCCUCGAGAAAGUUUUGAAAGAAUCUGGCAAUAAUUUAGAUGCUGCUAUCAAGAGUCUGCUGGGGCUUUGUGUUGGAUAUGCAGAAGUUUUGGAUGAGAAGAGGUUCAUUGAAGCAUCAAAAAAUGGGAAUUUAAUUCCUUUGUGCGAAAUCAUUUUCUCGGAUCAGUUGACACCCGUGCUUGCUUAUCGAUGUUUGGUUAAGGAAGAUGAACGAGAGGCUCCGAGCUUCCUCUUUGAAUCUGUUAAACCUGGUUACCGCACAACCACUGUUGGCCGAUAUAGCGUGGUAGGGGCGCAGCCGACAAUGGAAAUAGUGGCAAAAGAGAGCAAGGUCACAGUCAUGGACCAUGAAGGAGGGACUACGAUUGAGAAGUUCGUAGAGGACCCAAUGAUGAUUCCAAGAAGUAUUUCAGAGGAUUGGAGACCACAACUGAUCGAAGAACUUCCUGAUGCAUUUUGUGGUGGAUGGGUUGGUUUUUUCUCAUAUGAUACGGUUCGUUAUCUAGAGAAGAAAAGGCUUUCAUUCUCGAGUGCACCAAGAGAUGAUAGAAAUCUUGCUGAUAUUCAUCUUGGACUCUAUGACGAUGUCAUUGUGUUUGAUCAUGUAGAGAAGAAAGUAUUUGUGCUUCAUUGGGUCCGUUUAAAUAGAUUCUCGUCCGCUGAGAAGGCUUACAACCAUGGAAUUGCACGCUUGGAAAAAUUGGUGUCCAGAGUUAAAGACGUUGAUCCUCCAAGGCUAUCUCCAGGUUUCAUCGACCUGCACAAUCACAAUUUUGGACUCACUUUAAACAAGAGUAACAUGCCAAGUCAGGUUAAAGGGUGUAUUUUGGUUGCUUCUAGCCCAGAAGUUCUUACUUGUAUCAAAAAGAAAAAGAUUGUUAAUCAGCCCUUGGCUGGAACUAUUAAAAGAGGAAAGACACCUCUUGAGGACGAGAUGUUAGAAUUUAUGAUGCUUGAAAAGCAAUGUGCAGAACAUGUUAUGCUGGUUGAUUUGGGCCGAAAUGACGUCGGAAAGGUCUCGAAAUCUGGUUCUGUUAAAGUUGAAAAGCUUAUGACCGUUGAACGAUAUUCCCACGUGAUGCAUAUCAGCUCUACAAUCACAGCGGAGUUGCUCAAUCAUUUAUCUUGCUGGGAUGCACUGCAAGCUACAUUGCCAGUUGGAACAGUUAGUGGAGCACCGAAGGUGAAGGCCAUGGAGCUGAUUGAUAGAUUUGAAGUAACAAGACGAGAUGCCAACAAGCAGCAAGAAUGGGUUGCGCACAUUCAAGCCGGAGCUGGAAUCGUGGCUGAUAGCGACACCCAUGAGGAGCAGAUUGAGUGUCAAAGAAAAGCUGCCGGGCUUGUCCGUGCCGUUGAGCUGGCUGAAUCAGCAUUCGGAAACGAACAGCCAGCAAAGAUUAACAAUGCAUUGCCAGUCCGAUUAUCUGUAUCACAAUGA